AUCUAACCCCAUCCAAAUCGAAACCCAAAAUCCUCUCAAUUUCGCAUCUUACCUAACCCACCCAACCUAUCUUUCUUCUUAAAUCUUACAACAAAUCUGUGGAUUCCUCAUUCCAAAUCAAAAAUUCGGUUUUUUUGUUACAAAAUUCCAUGGAUUCAAUCGCGAGAUUAGGGUUUACUUUAUCCCUCCUCAUUCUCCUGAUUCAAUCUCUCUUCCCCUAUUCCAUCUCUUCUUUAUCUCAACGCCAUCUUCUCCAAUUAAGCUCCCGAUCCCCACAGAACCUUCAGACCUUCCCUUCCACCGCCAUCCCCGCCUUCACCCAUCCUCCUCCUACUCCGCCACCUCCUCCUCUUUCAUCACCUCCGCCGCCGCUGCCGCCGCCGGCCUCUUCUGCUUCUGAUUUGGAUAACGGGAGCAUAGCCGCGGCCGUGAUCGGCACCGCCGCGAGCAGCUUUGCCAUCUACGGAUUCCUUUUCUUCGCCUUCUAUCGGUUCACCAAAAAGAAGCGCCGCGGCCCGGAGACGCGCGUCUACAACUCUGAUGCGGCUGCUGGCGGCAGUGAUGUUAAACCUUUCAGAUCAAAGCCGGAACCCACUCUCAAGGGCUUAAUCGUCGACGAAAACGGCCUGGACGUGCUCUACUGGCAGAAUCUUGAGGAUAGAAGGCGCUGCCAUCACUGCAACAGCAUCGUCGAAAGAGGCCGCCACAUGGAAGACGAUGAGCCACCGGAGCCUCGGAGGCGCCGGCGAGGGAAGGGUGAGCUGAUGACCCAAGAAAGUCCCCUGCUUCCAACCGAUUCGGUUAAUUCCUCAUCAAUGAUGUUCGCUCAAUCUAGGGUAUCGAAUCGGAUCUCGUCCGCAUCCAUGUCCUCUCCUGAAGCAGCGUCUCAUUCUCCUCCUGCCGUCCCGCCACCGGCUAAAUCCCAACCGCCGCCCCCUCCUCCUCCUCCACCCGCUCCUCCUAAACCUCCAACUCCGCUGGCUCCGCCCAUAAAGAACGCCCCCGCCCCUCCUCCCCCGCCGUCCCGGCGGGCAGCGGCCGCGCCUACGUUGCAGCUGGGACCGGAUGGCGGAACUGAGCGGCCCAGACUGAAGCCGUUGCACUGGGAGAAGGUGACUCCGACGAGAGCCGGGCAUUCCAUGGUGUGGGACAGAAUUAACGAUGGUUCAAUUAAGUUCGAUGAUGAUCAAAUCGAAGCUCUAUUCGGCUACGUGUCCGCAAACCCAAAUCCCGCCAAAUCCAACUCCAGCGAAUCUUCCUCCUCCACUUCCACCUCUGCCGCCGCCGCCGUUCCGACCCCAAUCAAUCUCCUCGACGCCCGCAAAUCCCAGAACAUCGCCAUCAUCCUCCGCACCAUUGCCGUAUCCCGCAAUGAAAUUCUCGACAGUCUUCAACACGGCCACGGCCUCGCCGCCGACACACUUGAGAAGCUCACCCGCAUCACCCUCACCAAAGACGAAGAAUCCCUCAUCCUCUCCUUCUCCGGAAACCCUGUCCACCUCACCGACGCCGAGUCCUUUCUCUUCCACCUCCUCCAAAGCUUCCCUUCCGCUUUCCCCCGCCUCAACGCAAUGCACUUCCGCAGCUGUGUCUAUAACACUGAGAUCCUCCAUCUCAAACAAUCCCUUCAAACUCUGGAGCUCGCCUGCAAGGAACUUCGCACCAGAGGCCUAUUUCUGAAGCUUCUCGAAGCCAUUCUAAAAGCCGGAAACCGAAUGAACGCCGGCACGGCGAGGGGAAACGCCCAGGCAUUCGACCUCACCGCCCUCCGCAAGCUGUCCGACGUCAAGAGCACUGAUGGGAAGACCACUCUCCUUCAUUUCGUGGUGGAAGAGGUCGUCCGCUCGGAAGGCAAGCGCUGUGCCGCCAUUAACGCGGAAGCGGGAGAAGAUAGGGAAAGGGAGUUUAUGAUGCUGGGCUUGCCGGUAGUUGGUGGCCUAAGCUCUGAAUUCAUGAAUGUGAAGAAGGCAGCGGCGCUUGACUUGGACUCCAUGGCAGUCACCUGCUCUGCAAUGGCUGAACGAGUAAUGGAUAUCCGGAAGUUCUUGAGGAGCUGUGAGGAGAAUGAAGAGGGGUUCGUGAGGGAGAUGAAGGGGUUUGUGGAAACGGCGAGUAAGGAGAUAGAGGAGGUGAGAGAGGAGCAAUGGAAGGUCAUGGAGAUUGUCAAGAGGACAACAGAUUAUUACCUGCUCGGAGCUGCCAUGAAGGAGAAGGAAGGGAAGCCGUCGCUUCAGAUUUUGGUUAUAGUGAGGGAUUUUUUGGCUAUGGUAGAUCAAGCUUGUAUUGAUAUAUGUAGAAAUAUACAGAAGAGGAAGAAGGAGACGCCAUUAGAGAAGGAGAAGAGGAUGACAACUAGGUUUCCGAAUUUGCCAGCUCGUUUCAUGGCAGAUAAUUCAGUAUCUUGUUCGGAUUCAGAAGAGGAGUUCUGAUUGCAAGGCAUUCGAGAAUGCUUGCAAGGAGAGAUUAUUCUCUGCGGACAUUGGACAAGAAGAAUAGUCUGAUUUUGUCUAAAAGCUAAGGCGUUUUUAUUGUUUACGGAGACAAAUCGGACGGUUCACCUCAUAUGUUGUCCGCACAGAAUAAUUCAUCGCUUGUAAGGGCAUCUCCAACCGAACGUCAAUGUGGUGUUUGCAGUUUGCAGGACCGUUCAACCGAGUUGUUUUCAGGAAGUCAUUUUUAUGUUUUGAAAAGUUACACUGUUCACCAACACAUUUACAAAAAAAAUAGAGAAAGAAUAUACACCGGUUAAA